AUGUAUCUUGGGGGUUAUAAAAUGGAAAACUUGACGUUCGGCACUCAAAGGAUUGUGCAUUUGGAUCUUAAAGGGGCUCCUCUAAAAGUUUCGUAUUUUGAAAAGUUUUUUCCAUUUAUAAAAAGUAUUGGAGCUACUGGUAUUUUAUUAGAAUGGGAAGACACCUUUCCAUAUUCAAGGGAGUUGCUACAGAUCGGUGGGUUGUCAAACAGUGCACAAAUACAGAGUGCCCCAUACUCUUUGGAGGAAGCUAAACAAAUACUUUAUUUAGCAUCAGAUUGUGGUUUGACAAUAAUUCCUUUGGUACAAACGUUUGGACACAUGGAAUUUGUUUUGAAGCAUGAUCAGUGGCGUGCGUUAAGGGAGGUCGAUGCAUACCCCAGUUCAAUGUGUCCAAGUAAUAGUGAAACAAUGCCACUGGUUAGAAGUUUAAUUAAACAAAUUGUUGCUUUUCAUCAAAAUAUAGAGUAUAUACAUAUUGGAGGGGAUGAGAUAUGGCAUAUGGGGCUCUGUAAUUCUUGUCAAAAAAGGAUUCAGAAUGGUAAAUAUGGCAGACAUGGUUUGUAUUUGGAUCAUGUUACUGAAGUCGCACAGUAUAUUAGAGAUAAUUACUCAAAUUUAAAAAUUAUUAUUUGGGAUGAUAUGUUGAGAAAUAUUGAUGCCAAUGUUAUGCAAGAUUAUUACUUGGGUAACUUGAUAGAACCAAUGCUGUGGCACUAUUGCUCAUCGGAUAACUUCCAACUAGGGGGUCAAUUGUGGGAAAAGUACGCUGCUGUUUUUAAAAACGUUUGGGGGGCUUCAGCAUUUAAGGGGGCCACCAGUAGCGCACAAGUGAUACCAAUAUCCAAGUUCCACAUAAGCAACCACGAGGCAUGGUUAAAUGAACUAGGUUUACACGCAGGGAAAAUCAUCAAUUUUAGGGGGAUUGUUUUAACCGGAUGGUCAAGGUUUGAUCACUACGCCACCCUGUGCGAACUAUUACCAUGUGCGAUUCCUUCACUGACAAUAUGUGUCAAAACAUGGUUGUGCGGUGGUUUUAACUCGGAACUAAACAGAUCCGUUAAAAAAAUGUUAGGUUACAACGAAAACUUUUUGGAUACCGACGUACCCCCCCGAAACCCUUUGCUGUCGCAACUAGAUUUUCCUGGGUGGCAAAUUUUUGUCGGCUUCGAAUGGUUCGUCAACUUAAAAAGUCGGUACAAAAGUAUUAUUGAAAGUGAUCAAAUGAAUACAUGGUUUAACUCAUGGCAAAUAGCAAAUAAUUACACAAACCCAAUGCAAAUAGACGCUAUAUUUCCUGUGAUAAAUGAAGUAUUAACCGAAGUAACAUCUUUAGAAACUUAUCUUAAAGCAAAUUUAGAACAAAUUUAUUUUAGUCACACAAUAGAUGAGCUCCUUGGCACCUUAAUAAACCCAAUCAAGAAUAAUUUAAAGCAAAUUAAAUCUGACUGUGAAACUCAAUUAGCACUGGGCUGUAGAGUUAGAGGCAAAAAACUUAAUUUAGUUUAA